AGCGCAGCUGUCAACAUGGCCGAGGACGGGUGGACGGAGUGUGUGAGGAGUCUGAAAGGAGUGAUUUUAGACAUGUGCGGGGUUUUGUACGACAGCGGAGCGGGAGGCGGAGCGCCGAUCGAGGGCUCGGUGGAGGCGGUGAAAAGGCUCAAGGCGUCUGACCUGCAGCUCCGCUUCUGUACCAACGAGACUCAGGCUACUCGGGAGAAGUUUGUGGCGAAGCUCCGUCGGAUGGGCUUCGAGAUCGACGUCAGUGAGGUGUUCUCUCCUGCCCCGGCUGUGGUGUCCAUCCUGAAACAGCGUGGCCUCCGACCCCACCUGCUGGUGCACGACGACGUGCUGCCCGAGUUUGAUGGUGUGGAAAAGAGCGACCCGAGCUGUGUGGUUAUCGGAGACGCUGCAGAUAAUUUCUCUUAUCAGAACAUGAACUCCGCCUUCCACGUCCUGAUUGGACAGGAGAAACCAACACUCUUCUCAAUGGGCAGAGGGCGCUACUAUAAGGAGACGGACGGGCUGAAGCUGGAUGUUGGAGCGUAUAUGAAAGCUCUGGAGUACGCGUGUGAUAUAGAGGCGGAGGUGGUGGGCAAACCGGCCCCCAUGUUCUUCCAGAGCGUUCUGAAUGACAUGGGCGUCCAGCCUCAGGAGGUGUUAAUGAUCGGUGAUGAUCUGGUGAAUGAUGUGGGAGGGGCUCAGCAGUGCGGUAUGAAGGGUCUUCAGGUCAGGACGGGAAAAUACAGGCCGAGUGAUGAGAGACACCCUACAGUGACCGCCGAUGGAUACGUGGACAACCUGGCCGCUGCCGUCGAAACCAUCCUGAAACAUCGAGGCUAAUAGAUCCGAGUUCUGGUGCUGGACCUGCUGAGGAUUUCACAUUCUGAGCCUGGACUAGAAUUGACCUAUUGACCUAUUGCGUUAUUGGCCUGAAAUACAGAAAGCCGCAAUAUGCAAAUAAGCCCUCUAACUAAUCAUAAUAUGUAAUUGCGUGCUGUGACUGUCCAAUCACAGUGCUUCCACACUCAAUACUGAGAACAUUACCGACAUACUUCAUUCAGACCUACAGCCACUUUAACCAGGAUUUUAUCAGGAUGCACACACUAGUUUUGCCUUUGAAGUCCUGUUAUACAACACAGGACAUCCUCAGCAUGAAUGACCGACAGACAGUGUCUGUUCAAGUGUUUCCAGUCACUGUUUUCAUUAAUAAAGCUAAUUUGGUUGACAAGAGUAUAAAA